AUGGUGAAGCUUGAUUUCAACCUCGAGCGGGACGUACCUAAGCUGACCGGCAAGAUACUGCUGAUUACUGGUGGUACGAAUGGUCUCGGCGCAGCUGCGGCUAAGAUGUUGGCGAGCCGUAACCCUACUAAAAUUUACAUCACCGGCCGUAACGAAGCCGCCGCUCAGAAGACCAUUGCGCAAAUCAAAUCCACUGAGAAUGGCAGUGGUGUGAUUUUGGAGUGGCUUCGCUGCGACCAUGCCAACCUUGUCUCUGUUAAAGAAGCUGCCGACAAGAUUCUGUCACAGGAAUCCCGCCUCGACGUGCUCAUGGCGAAUGCCGGCAUCAUGGCCCAGCCACCAGGUCUCACGGCCGACGGCUUUGAGCUGCAUUUCGGCAUCAACCACCUUGCUCACGCCCUUCUGAUUCGAAAGCUCCUCUCGCUGCUUCAAAACACCGCCAAGCUCUACGGUGAGGCUCGCAUUAUUCCUGUUUCGAGCCUUGCUCUCGUCCUGGCUCCGCAAGGUGGCAUCGUCUUCAGUGACCUCAAAACUACACAGGAAUAUUGGCUCAUGGCGAAAUGGCAGCGUUAUGCCCAGAGCAAAUUGGCAAAUCUGAUUUACGGGAAGGAGCUCGCCCGGCGAUAUCCUGAAAUCCUUACCCUAAUCGCUGAUCCAGGGCCUAGCAACACUGGCCUAGUCACAAGCCUCGGGUUCCUUGACGAUGAUCAAGGCCACUGGAAUCAGGUCUGGGCUGUCGGUGUGCCCAAGGAGAAGGCUAUUCCGGGGGAGUUCUAUGAGCCCGUGGGUAUACCAACUAAAUCCUACACGUCAUGGUGCUUGGAUAAAGAAUUAGCGGCAAAGCUUUGGGACUGGACGGAAGAAGAGCUCCGGCCGUGGCUAGUUUGA